AUGGGUCUCGGGAUUCUCGAGGACUCACACCUCGACCACGUUCCUGAUCCCAUAUCUAAUUCCGACUGUGCAGGUACCACCUUCAUCCUCGAGGACGACUCUAGCACCGUCGAACAACUCGCCCCCUCCCUGCACAUCAAAUAUGACCACUCCGGGCCUACCCCGGUCAUCCUCGUCCCGCAGCCAAGCAAUGACCCCAACGAUCCUUUGAACUGGCCCCUGUGGAAGCGCGACGCAAUCCUCGCCAUCCUCUCCUUCGUCAGUCUCCUCUGCGCGACAACAAGCCCUCUCCUCGCCGCAAACACCGCAACCCUAGCCUUCCACUACGAAGUCUCCUUCACAGACGCUGCCCUGCUCACCGGCUAUCACCUCUGCGGCGUCGGGGUGGCCGGCCUGCUCUUCGUCCCCUCCGCCCGCGUCUGGGGCAAACGCCAUCUAUAUAUCCUCGGCUGUGUCGUGAUGAUCAUCAGCUCCGCAUGGGGCGGCGCAAGUUCAGGGAGUUACCGCAGCCUGCUGGCUGCAAGGGUUUUUCAGGGCGUGGGCCUGGCGCCGUUUGAAGCGUUGGUCAAUGCGAGUGUCGGGGACUUGUUUUUUGUUCACGAACGCGGGAAACGAAUGGCAUUGGCCAACGUCGCCCUCUUCGGUGGCAGCUUCUUAACCCCAGUCAUCGUCGGCAAGCUCACCGCCUCUAUGGGCUGGGAAUGGACAUUUAACUUCCUCGCCAUCUUCUCCGGUGUUUGUCUACCAUUGGUCAUAUUCUGCGUCCCGGAAACCGCUUUCAGGAGGGCGGCUCAUCUCAACACGGAUAUCGAAGGGGAAUAUGGCCGUGGAGAUGGCUUUCGUAAUCCUGCUAAUACCACUACAACCCAGCCUCUCGAAUCGGAGACGGAGAACAAGAGCUCAUCAUCGCAAAAAUCUCGUGAGGAGGAGGCAAAGAAGGAAGCGGCGGAAGUGGAAACGAAAGUAGAGGAUCGCAACGACCAUGGUGGUACAGAGGGAGCUACACACGAUACACACGAUACACACGAUACACAGGAUAUCAUUCCCCCAAAAGCGACAUAUUGGCAAACCCUGAAACUCUUCAACGGGCGCAAGACAGACGAGAGUUACUGGAAAUUAUUCAUCCGCCCGCUGCCAUUAUUCCUACAUCCGGGUAUUUUAUGGGUAAGAAGAUCCCCUCACCCCAGCCUAUCCACGCACUGCUCUCAGACUGAACAUCCCCAGGCCUGCCUAACCCAGGGCGUCCUAAUCGGCUGGACCGUCUUCAUUGGCGUCGUUCUCGCCGUAAUAUUUAGCGUCCCGCCGCUCUGGUUCAGCGAGGUCCAAGUCGGCUACCUGUACACGGGCGCCUUCAUCGGGUCCAUUGCCGGCCUCUUCCUCUCAGGCCUCUUGUCCGAUUACACCGCAAAGCUCCUGAUAAAGCUGAACAGAGGCAUCUACGAGCCCGAGUUCCGGAUUGUGCUGGUGCUGUUCCAGCUGAUUUUUAGCGCCAUGGGGCUGUAUGGGUUUGGGAUUACGACGGAGAACGUGGGCCGGUUUGGAUACGUGGUGCCCGAUGUGUUUUUUGGGUUUGUCAUUGUUGGCAUGGUUAUGGGCGCGGUGGCGAGUGCGUUGUAUGUUGUUGAUGCGCAUCACAUCUUCGGCAAACGUAACCGCUCGUAUUUCCACCGCAAUGAUAUCCUCAAGAAAUUGAAUCUAUGGUGA